AUGUCACCGGGGCAGUUCUACACUUCUUUGAACAAGCCAGUCAUGGAUAGCUUAGUAGAUCAGUGCCAAUCUGCUUUUGUCCCUGGGAGAUUGAUAACAGACAAUAUUAUCCUUAGUCAUGAGUUAGUAAAGGGAGGUUCUCUAGUUCAUCUUGGGCUGGUGGCAAACAUUGAUAAAAGCUCCAUUUACUUUAGAGGGGUAAAUCCAGAGUUGCAGCAGUCUAUUCUACAAUGCUUGGGGUUCACCCAAGGGGACCUACCCUUCAGGUAUUUGGGCAUCCCUCUUAGUACAAAGAGGCUGUCUAUUCUUCAAUGUAAACCACUCAUUGAUAAGAUGCUGGCCAGAAUUCAAUCCUGGACUACAAAGUUUUUGUCCUAUGCUGGAAGGGCACAACUGGUUAUUGAACUAGUUGAGGCUACAUGCCGAACCUUUCUGUGGACAGGAGAUGUAUCUAGGUCCAAGAAAGCACUUAUAGCCUGGGAGAGACUAUCCUUGCCUAGAGUAGCUGGAGGACUCAACAUUCUAGACAUAUAUACAUGGAAUCAAGCUGCUAUUGGAAAGAUGCUCUGGAAUAUCUGUAGGAAGAAGGACACAUUAUGGGUAAAAUGGAUUCACACUUAUUAUGUAAAAACUGGAGAAAUUUGGAACACAAAGGCUGCACAAGCAUCUUGGAUGGUCAAAAAGAUACUCAAAGCAACUUGGUUGUUUGAUCAAACUGGAUGGUCUGAGAAUAUGGUGGCUGGAAUGGAAACCUGCUCUAUCAAAUGGUUCUACAAAGCUCUGAAAGGGGACCAUCCUAAAGUGGUUUGGAGGAGACUAUUCUGUAACAACUCUGGACUCCCUAAAUGGUUAUUCAUACUGUAUCUUGCUUUAAAUAGGAGUCUCCAAACAAAAGACAGGAUUGUUUGUUGGGCAAAUUUGGAUGAUCCUAUGUGCCCUCUGUGCACUGUGGAAACUAAAGAUAUAGACCAUAUGCUAUUCAAGUGUGCAUAUGCCACAGAGAUAUGGGAGAAGCUGCUGGUAUGGCAAAGCAUUACAAGACCUACUAUGGGUUGGAAUGAUGAGGUGCACUGGGCCAUUCCGCAUGCAAAGGGAAAGGCUUCAACUCAAGAAGUCUACAGGAUGGCACUUGCUGGGGCUGUCUAUCAUGUGUGGAAAGGGAGGAAUGCUAGAGUAUUCAAGGAAGAGCAUAGAUCACCUGAGCAGGUUACUAGAAACAUUAUCCAAGAAGUGCACUAUAGAGCUGCUAGGAUGCCAAAGUUGGAUGGUUGUAUGCUAAGACUUAAUUUCUAUCCUUAG